CAAUGAGAGUACACCCAGUUGAUGUUUGUGACAUCAUCUUACAGUCAGAGUAUAUAGAAUAGCUGAGGUAGCUUUCAGCUUCAGCACCAGUGCCAUUAUGAUGGAUGUUUACAUCUCUUCAUUGAGAGCCAAUUAUCUCGCUUUUGUGUGAGGCCCAAGGAUCACUCAUGCUGCCUGCUUGCACCGAGCACUGUUGGAUCUAGCUGAACGAAUUGUUUUCUCUGUCUCUGAAUAGGUAAUUUGCUUGUCUGAGGAGAAUAAGGCCAUGUGAUUUAUCAUGAAUGGAUCUACACCUACAUCUUCACUAUGGCAUCAGGCUGAGUACUGACCCUCCCUGCACCCCUUUGAUGCUAACUGUGCUUGUCAUCUGACAAUUGACCUUUUUUGUGAAGACUGAAAUAAAAAAAGGCAUUGAACAUGUCAGCCUUCUCCACAGUGUUCAUUAUUAGCUUCAUCUCCACAUUCAGUAAGGAUUGCCCAGCAACCUCUUCAGCCUUAUGGAUUUGAGGAACUAGGAUGAUUGUCUUAUAGCUGGACCUUUCAACUGGCAAAGACACAUGGCUGUUGUCUUAUAGUGCCCCUUUGAAACCUGAUUUCCAGGUGAUACCAAAAUGGCAUCAAAACGAUCAGGACACUGGAUGAUUAUCAAAGAGACACCAUAUGUACUACUUCACAUGAGACUCACAUUGAAAUAUUUGGAUAAAAUGAGAUGCUUGCGGAAGCGAUCAGCAGUAUCAUUCUUAGGAGUCCUUGUUAUUUGCCUGCUGUUCAUGAACUUAUACAUUGAAGAUGGUUAUGUAUUGGAAGGGGACAAGCAACUAAUCAGAGAAGCAGCCACACACCAGCUUAAUUCAGAGCGUUAUGUUCACACUUUUAAAGACUUAUCUAAUUUCUCAGGAUCUAUAAAUGUUUCCUAUCGCUACCUAGCUGGCACGCCUUUGCCAAGGAAAAGAUAUCUUACAAUUGGACUAUCAUCAGUGAAACGGAAAAAGGGAAAUUAUUUGCUUGAGACAAUCAAGUCCAUAUUUGAGCAAUCAAGUUAUGAGGAACUUAAGGAAAUUGCAGUGGUUGUGCAACUUGCAGACUUUGAUUCCUCCUGGUGUGAAGGGAUGGUCCAGGAUAUUUCACAGAAAUUUGCCCAUCACAUCAUUGCUGGUAGGUUAAUAGUUAUCCAUGUCCCUGAGGAGUACUAUCCAGUCCUGGAUGGCCUUAAGAGAAAUUACAAUGACCCAGAAGACCGGGUGAAGUUCCGAUCCAAACAAAAUGUUGAUUAUGCUUUCCUGCUUAACUUCUGUGCUAAUCUUUCUGAUUAUUAUGUGAUGCUUGAAGAUGAUGUUCGAUGCUCAAAAAACUUCUUGACUGCUGUUAAGAAAGUAAUUACCUCACGAGAAGGAUCUUACUGGGUAACUUUAGAGUUUUCCAAAUUGGGCUAUAUUGGAAAGCUGUACCACACCCAUGACCUCCCACGCCUGGCCCAUUUUUUGUUGAUGUUUUACCAGGAAAUGCCUUGCGAUUGGCUGCUAAUCCACUUCCGUGGGCUGCUAGCUCAAAAGGAAGUCAUCCGCUUUAAGCCAUCUCUGUUCCAGCACAUGGGAUAUUAUUCAUCUUACAAAGGAGCUGAGAACAAGCUGAAGGAUGAUGAUUUUGAAGAGGAUUCAUUUGACAUCCCUGACAACCCACCUGCAAACUUGCAUACCAACAUGAAUGUAUUUGAAAACUAUGAAGCAAGCAAAGCUUACAGUAGCAUUGAUGAGUACUUCUGGGGCAAAGCUCCUUCUACAGGAGAUUUCUUUGUGAUUGUGUUUGAAAGGCCUAUUAAAAUCAGCAAAAUUAAAGUUGUCACUGGAACUGAAGACCGGCAAAAUGACAUUUUGCAUCAUGGAGCCCUAGAAGUAGGGGAAAAAAUUGUAGGGAGCAAAAAGGGGAGGCAAUGUACUACUUAUUUGAGACUAGGAGAGUUCAAAAAUGGAAACUUUGAAAUGACAGAUGUGGAGCACAAAGUACUGUUUAAUAUUAACUGCAUGAGAAUACUCGUUACCAAAAGUCAAAAGGAGUGGCUGAUCAUUAGGAGCAUUAGCAUUUGGACUUCUCAGGCACCAAAUCAAUAAGGCCAAGCUAUUCAAGCAGGCCCUCCUUCUUUUCCUGGUGGAGAUGCACCACCCAGAUGGUGCCAUUCCCCAAGGGGAAAAACUUACUUCCAAUUCUUUACUACUGACACUGGAAAUCUGGGAAAAUCAUAAAAACAAGCAAAAGCAAUUUAUUUUUUACUAGUUUGGCCAGGCAAUAUACUAACACAAGUUUGUUGGAAUGUUCAAGUUUUAUAGGAAAUGUUGACAAGUUCUUGUUCAUAUCUUAAGAUCCAAAAACCCCUUUCUUUUCUUUUAAUUUCUCUGAUGUACUAAAAAAGAACAAAUGCUAUUCCUUUAUUCCAUUGUUAUAUAAAGGCUUUGACCAAUAUGUUGUCAAAAGAGACUUGAUUCUUUCAUAUCCACAUAUAAAUUAAAAGUCUGAUGGUAGUAUCUGUA